GCUCCAAUGAAACCAAACUCAAAAGCGAAGACCUCCUUUGGGCUUACAACUUCUGUCCAACGCCCUAUUCAUGGACCGUGCUGCUGGGACUCAUAUUGUACCUGGUUUUCUUCGCACCAGGAAUGGGGCCCAUGCCUUGGACCGUCAAUUCCGAAAUUUAUCCCCUUUGGGCGAGAAGCACAGGAAACGCCUGUUCCUCUGGCGUCAACUGGAUUUUCAACGUCUUGGUGUCUCUGACCUUCCUGCACACAGCUGAAUAUCUGUCCUAUUACGGAGCGUUCUUUCUUUAUGCCGGAUUUGCGUUUGUGGGACUCCUUUUCCUCUACGGCUGCCUUCCAGAGACCAAAGGCAAAAAACUGGAGGAAAUUGAAUGCUUGUUUGAGACUUCACUAUGUACAUGUGGCAUUCCCGAAUCAGAGGACGGGAGGUAUAUCGAGUACAUCCGGGUGAAGGGAAGUAAUUACCAUCUCUCUGACAAUGACGCCUCUGAUGUGGAAUAAAUCUCAGCCGCCGAAUCGGUUAGAUUUUUCGAAAGCCUUGGUUUGAGGGAUGCUGAAGGAACUGCGCUGAAUAACCUCACUGUUUCUGGUCUGCUUCUCCUUCCUACUGCCUCGGUGGAAACGCUUCCCUAUUUUUAAACCAUGUUCUUUGGGGGGGGGGGGGAAAUUGAAAUAAAAUCCCACAUCCUCUUAUCCGCUAGCCAAGAGGCGGUCGCCGAGAAGAAUUGGCAAGAAGGAAAGAGCUUGCAGAUUGGAAGUGACUCUCUGAGGUCUCUUAAGGGUUCCUGUUCUGGAUGCUUGUUGUGGUCCUUGCCAACUUAAGGACGAGAGUCGAGGGAUGAGGUGGCAUCUUAGUUGACCAGCUCGAAAAAAUUAAAAUGCUUAAAAAGAACAACGGUCAGAAACCAGGCGAUUCAUAAAAGCAGUUAACCUGGAACCCCGAGACUUGGGAGCAAAUGUAACCCCACAGUAAAACAGAAGGAGGGAAAGAACCAGGGGAAAUUGUAAACUGAUUGUAACAUUGAUUCUCCUCUUACAAAGAUGUUGUGUGCGGUGAGAGAAAGCGGCUUCCUCUGGCUUGCUUGCUUUCCGUGGAUGCUUGAACCUUUAGAAAUCAUUCUUUCCCACCGAUGUUGCUUUGCACAAGGAAAGCUGAGAUCUUUUAGGAUGACAACUUUUUAAAUGAUUUGUGGUCUGUGGCACUUCAACGCUCUGAGGUCCUAGCAGGCCCAUGGAGAAGAUUUUGCUUCAUCUUGGGGCUCUUCCUGGUCUAAGUUUGUCAGAAAUUCAUUCUUUUGUUUAAAACUCUGCAAAUCUCAAAAGCCAACGUGAGAACGUCUCGUCUCAGAAGUCGAAUUACUUCUACGCAAACAGUUUGGCUUUGAACAAACCAAAUUGAUUUCAGUUUUAGAGUGAAUACAGAAUAAGAAGAGUUGGAAGGGACCUUUGGAGAUCUUCUAGUCCAACCCCCUGCUCAGGUAGGAAACCCUAGAGUAUUUCAGACAAACAGCUGUCCAAGCUCUUCGUGAAAAAGCUCAACUGAUGGAGCAUUCACCAAUUCCAUUGUAUUUAUUUUGUGCAAUGACAAUAAAGACUGUAGUAUACUAUUCACAACUUCUGGAGGCAAGU